AUGUCUGUAACAACCACCGCCAACCCGAUCCACUACAACCUCGAGGCCACCCUCGCAGACUACGAUCUCCAUCACAGCGGGGAACAGACUGAAGGACUCGAUACAAGCCUUAAUGCGCAUCCAGCACCGAAUACGUCGUCAACGCAAUCACAGCAGAACCCUAGCGACUGGCCGACGGAACAUCGCCGUGUGCCUGCGUACCGCCCGAUCAACCACGAACUCGAUCAGAGCGAGCGGAGAGUCUAUUUGAACGGCAUUGAACAAGCAUUUGUCGGAGUCAUGUUCACAGGCGUAUUCUUGGAAUCGACAUUGUCCAAGGCGUGGCGGAAUACUCUGGGACGAGUCUGGAAUGUUGGAUACAAGAUUGGUGGGGAGUGGUGA